AUGGAUCAAGAAAAGCUGCAUGUAGCAAUAAUCUCAAGUCCAGGAAUGGGACAUUUAAUCCCCGUCCUCUUACUCGGCAACCGUCUAGCCACCCAUCACCACCUCCACGCCACCAUCCUCGCCGUCACCACCCAAACCUCUUACGUUGAAUCUCAACUCCUGGCCUCCCUCAUGGACUCCCGGCACAUCAACAUCAUCAAAAUCCCAUUAGUAGACAUCUCCAACCUACUCCACCCGAACGACGCCGUCGUCACCCAGCUAGCUGUCAUGAUGCGAGAGGCUCGACAUGGUAUCCGGUCAGCCAUCUCCGCCAUGACCCACCGUCCUGACGUCCUUAUCGCCGACGUCUUCUCCAGCGAGUCACUUCCCAUAGCGGAUGAGUUUCAUAUGCGAAAGUACGUCUAUGUUCCUUGCUCAGCCCGUUUCGUCUCAGUUACUACCUACUGUCAUGUGCUUGAUGAGGAGAUCAAAGGUCAGUACGUCGACCAGAGAGAACCGCUGAUGAUUCCCGGUUGCGACCCGGUUCGGUGUGAAGAUGUGCCUGACCCCAUGCUGGAUCGGAACAACCAGCAGUACAAGGAGUAUGUUCGGAUGGGGAUUGAUUUCGCCACGCUUUCUGAUGGGAUCUUGAUGAACACGUGGACCGAUUUGGAACCUAAAUCGAGUGAUGCGUUAAAGUUCAAUAAGAUCUUGCGGUCGGUAGUAAAAGUGCCGGUUUAUAAUAUUGGACCGUUGACUAGAGAGGUUGAAGAGAGCAGUUCAAAGAAAAGUGAGGUGAUCGAGUGGCUGGACAGACAGCCGCUUGAAUCCGUGCUUUUCGUAUCAUUUGGAAGCGGAGGCACACCCUCGGCUGACCAAAUAACCGAGCUGGCUUGGGGUUUAGAGCUGAGCCAACAGAGGUUUCUGUGGGUGAUACGUCCACCUGCGGGCAGCUCCAAUGACGGCGCUUUCUUCACUGCCGGGACGGGUACAGAUGGGCCGCCGGAGUACCUUCCAGAAGGAUUCUUGACCCGAACUCAGAGGGUGGGGUUGGUGUUGCCGCUGUGGGCCCCACAGGUGGAGAUUUUGAAUCAUCGAUCGGUAGGAGGGUUUCUAUCACACUGUGGAUUCAAUUCAGUUUUGGAAAGCAUAAAAGGUGGGGUGCCGAUGAUUGCAUGGCCACUGUACGCAGAGCAGAGAUUGAAUGCCAGCAUUGUGGCGGAGGAGCAGAAGGUGGGAGUCCGGCCGGCAGUGUUGCCGACAAAGAAGGUGGUAGGGAGGGAGGAGAUAGAGCAGAUGGCGAGGAGGUUGAUGGAGAGCGAAGAAGGGAAGAGGAUGCGAGAGAAAGUGAAAGCAUUAGGGGAAAGUGCAAAGGAAGCGUUGGGGAUCGAGGGUUCAUCCUAUAAUUCAAUGUGUGAGUUCAUUAAAUGCUGUGAAAAGAAGAUGACACGUCCAUAGCCUCCGCAUCAAAGAUCAAUAAUCUGGUGUGGUGGUGAUCCCAUCCGUUGCCGUUUCAAUUUCAUUAAUAACCGUCGACAAUUGAAGCACUGUUAACUGUCACCUCAUCGUAUAGGGUCAAAUUUAUCGGUAAGUCUUUC